GUCCACCAAACGGCUACGGGUCUGUAAGACCAUUGUAAACAAUAAUGGCGGCAUGCAGUGUCCGAAAGAGAGGAAGAAUCCCGCAACAACGGUGGAUGGUAUAGCAUUGAGUGCUUCUCAACGCGCAGCUCUUCACAACGCUCAUGCAGCCUCUGCUGGAUUCUUUGUCACCCAGGACUCGUCCUUUGGUAACUUGAUUCUGCCAGUACUCCCUCGGUUUGAGACCAAGUGAACUACUAUCAGGCGUAUUAUUCAAGAACGGUUAUUGUGACCAAAAUGGCACCCAUGCGAUUGAGAGAGCUGGAAGAGUAUCUUCAACAAUUAGAUGGAUUUGAAGAGCCAAAAAUUUGGCUUGAACAAUAUUCUACGAGCGCUCACAUCGGGGCACACAUCCUGCACACAGCAUAUACACACUUCGACGAUAUAGAAGGAAAGGCUGUUGCUGACUUGGGUGCAGGAUGUGGGGUACUCUCACUUGGGGCCCAACUUCUCGGCGCCAGUCAUGUCGUCGGGUUUGAAAUUGAUGCUGAUGCACUGUCUAUACUCAGAAGUAAUUGCCUUGAAUUAGAAACUGAUGUCGAGGCAGUUCACUGUGACUUACUUAGUUACUUGCCCGGUAGAUUUGAGAAGUACUUUGAUACAGUUGUGAUGAAUCCGCCUUUUGGCACAAAACGCAAUGCUGGAACAGACAUGAAGUUUUUGGAGACUGCAGUCAGUAUUGCACGACAUGCUGUCUACUCUCUCCACAAAACUAGCACCCGCGAUCAUGUGCUUAGGACUGCAAAACGCCUUGGAACAACGGCAAAAGUUGUCGCUGAAUUGCGAUACGAUCUUCCUCGAGCGUAUAAGUUUCACAAAAAUACUUCCGUGGAUGUCCAAGUUGAUUUCAUAAGACUUGAAUUAGAUUAGGUAAACAACAUGAAAAAGCAUUCAUCAUCACUAAUCAAUUUCUAAGUGUAAGUAUAAUGGAAGAUUUAAUAAAUUUGUACAGAAAUA